AUGGAUGCCGUCGACUUUCACGGGCUGGUGAGUUUCUGGACUCAAGUUGGUCGCUUCUUUGUUAGGCGUCCGUUAGUUCCUAAGGGCUCUGGGGAUGAUGUGUUGCGGAUUGAUAAUGGGUGGGAUCUUAGACCCGGUGGGCAUUUGUCUUCGCUGCCGAGAAAACAUAGGUAUUACGAUCGAAUGACGCAGGAAAUCAUUGUCAAGGAUCCAUUCAAGAUGCUAAAGUACGAUCUGAAGACGAAAGAAUAUACUAGUACGGAAGAGGAGUUGUAUGUUUUCUUCUUUGGUGCUUUUGAGGGAGGGAAAGAGGUUAUGAAUUGGUCGGUUACGAGGUAUAAGUUUCAUCUUUACUUGAGAUGGUGUACGGCGAGGAAGGAUACUAAGUUUGAUUUGACGAGGAAUGGCAUUGUGAAGGUGGCGCUCGAUCAAUGGGUUGUAAAGGCGUAUCAAGAGAUGGGCAAGUAG